UACUUGAUAAUACGAUUCAGUUUAUUCCGACAUCUCGUGCGCAGUGGACGCGUUCAAAAUGACGAGCACAGAAGAGGCCCCUUCUAGUUUUUGGGACGAAUUAACGAGCCCGCUCAACUUAGUGUUAGUCGCUGUUAUUCUAUACCUUGUCUACAAGAUUUUAAGGUCUCAUUUCGAAUCAGAAGACACCACGGCGGCCCCCCCGCCGCCGCCUAUGAAAAAACUUCGAAAAGAUUUAACUACGGCUGAAUUAAAGAAAUAUGACGGCACGGGAUCUGAUGGAAGAGUGCUUUUAGCUGUAAAUGGUGUGAUUUUUGACGUAACAAGAGGGAAAAGAUUUUACGGGCCAGGUGGGCCAUACUCUGCUUUCGCUGGCAAAGAUGCGACACGCGGUCUAGCUACUGGCUCAGUUUCCGCAGACGACAAAGAAUGGGAUGACGUCAGCGAUCUCAAUGCUGAUGAGAUUUCCUCCGCCAAAGAAUGGGAAGAACAGUUCAGGGAGAAAUAUGACAUUGUUGGUCGGCUGCUGAAGCCAGGCGAGACGCCGAACAAAUACAGUGACGACGAAACAGAAGAUAAGAAGGAACUGUAACCGCCUUACUGGAAUGGUUGAGUAAUAUUUUUAGAGCAAUGUGUGACAUUGUUAAGUGUGUUUGUAAAAAAUACCAAUUUAAAGUUAAAUUAUAAAUCAUAUUU